AUGUCGUCGGAAAUAAAUGAUAACUCAUCAUUAAUAUCAGUACUAACAAAUUUAUAUAAAUACGGUGGACCAAUUUUGAUGAUGCUGGGUACUGUAAGUUGCGUACUUAGUUUGAUUGUUUUUACAAAAAAAAAUCUACGUAAAAAUCCAUGUGCAAUAUAUUUGAUAGCGUAUAAUAUUAGUAAUCUUCUACAAAUUUAUACAACUAUGUUAUUAGCAAUACUAUCAACUGGUUAUAAUAUCGAUCCUACUUUAUAUAAUCUAGGUUUCUGUCAUUUUCGUUAUUAUACAAAGUUUUUGUUUACUAUUUUAAGUCCAUCUUAUUUAAUAUUAGCAUCAAUUGAUCGAAUAUUAAUCACUUCACCAAAUGCUUUAACGAGACAACGCAGUACUUUAUGUAUAACUUAUAUAGCCAUCAUAGGUGUAACAUUAUUUUGGUUAUUAGCUCAUAUUCAUACAUUAUUUCUGACCUAUAUUUUGGAACCGGUACCAAAUCUUAUCAUUUGCACUUUCCAAUAUGGAUUUUAUGUAUCAUUCAUAAGCUAUUAUACAAUUUUAAUCCAAGACAUUCUUAUUCCUUUAUUAAUGAUUAUUUUGGGAGUGUGGACUGUGAGAAAUCUCCGAAAAAGACGUCAGGUCACUGCUGUUACUAUCAACACAGCUAUUGUUGCUGUGCAUCCUACUCGUCCAAAGGAUAGUCAACUUAUUCAAAUUUUGAUUAUUGAUAUUGGUAUAUAUAUUGUAUUCAAUGCAAUGUUGCCACCUGCUCUUAUAUACUUACAAAUACUUCAAGCUCGAUCAGCUGAUUUUGUUGAAUUUCAACUUGGAAUGUUGCUUUUGAAUGUUGCUCAGUUCAGUUCUUAUAUUCCAUUUUGUGUUGGCUUCUAUACUAAUUUACUCGUGUCGAAAACAUUUCGAUAUGAAGUCAAAAAUACUAUCAAGUGUUAA